GUAUAUAAGCGGCGGUUAUUGGAAUUGCCAGCUUCAUUCGAGCACUAGUCACGUUUCGCACAUAUCCUCACUAUCAUCAUGGAGUCGUCAUCCACACGUGAGCAGUACAUCCUUCCGGAUACACCUCCUCAACAAGAGCCAUCAUUCCCAUCUUACUGGGCAGCGCAAGCUGCGCGGAAGAAGAAGAUUCCUUCUACCAGUGCUGCUCCCCCUGCUGCUGUCGCUGCUGCAUCCGACUCCAAGGAGUCGCCGCUGAAGAGACGUGGAGUCUUUGUGGAGAGAGGGAUGAGCAGCGAUGAGUUCAUUAUACCAGACACACCACCAUCUCAUCUGGGAUGGGCACCGAAGCGUGUACCACUAACAACGAUUACCACCAACAGGCAGCAGGGGAAGAGAAAGCUGCAAUUUCUGGAGGAGGAAGAGGAGGAAACCAACUUCGUACCCUCAAAGAAACGUAUGUCUGAGAACACCUCCAUGGCUCCGUUACUAGAGGAGGCAGCCGCGCGGGAUGAUGAUGAUGAUGAUGAGGACUUCAUCGCACUCAUCAAUAAGCCAUCACCAAAACCGUGGAUGCCUCUCCGCGAGCUGGCGGAGGAUGUUCCACAUACUAUCAUCUCCGUGCGGGAGGAAACGAACCAUCAUGGCAGACGAAUUAUUUUGAAAAUUAAUAUCGCUUCUAUGAAGAAAAUCUCUGAGGUAUACCUGCCUCAGAGAUUUUCUUCAAUAAUUUCACCUUUUAAACUCAUCCAUGAGGCAAAGAAGGUGGAGAGUCAUAACCGUGAACUACAAGCUGAGCUUCACAGCGAAUCAGCAUCAGCAGAGUCCAGUUCCGUUGCCAAGUUGGUGGCCGUAGCCUUUGCAGUGACGGCACCCUUCAUCAUACUAUUUUGCAUAGUGACUGGUGUCACUCGACGCUCCUUCUGCAACUACCUGCUGGCGAGACGACGUUGUGCCGAUUCCCAAGACGAUGGCCUGCCUCUGAGCGAGGUGACGCUCACUACACCGACAACAACCGAGGCGCCAGUACCGGAGGUGGCGAUCCGCUUUGCCAAGCCUGGCAAGGUUGCCGGCUAG